UGGAAAAGUGUCUCUCAGUGUGAAGCUUCAGACUUCAGUCAGCUGAGCAGCAGCAGCUCCGCACUUUGAUGUUUUUCAUCUGAAGAUGUUCACUUUGGUGAUUUUCUGUCACGUUUGGUUCCUGCAAACAUUUCUGAUCGGCUGCAGUGAAAACUUCACAGUCACCAAGUUUUCAGUCCCAGAGAAACACAACGUCUGUCUGCAGUGUGGCGGAUCUGACCGGUCCACUUUGGUCUGGACUCAUCUGGACCGGAAGGUCCUGGUGACCCGACAGGGCAGCUACGAGACCAAUGAGGACCGCCAACACUUCCUCCUGCUGUCUAACGGCAGCCUCUGCGUCCUGCGACUCGAAGACUCAGACAGCGGGAAAUAUCACUGCAACCAGCAGCUGGUGGCAGAGCUGCAGGUGCUAACAGGCCUUAACUUCAGGGUGUCUGCAGGCUGGACGCUGCUGCUCCCCUGCAACGGCUCCUCCAGACCCAAAAAGCGCUGGUCUCACCGGAGGAAGGGAGGGAGGGAGCGAGGAGGGUGGGAGACCGUCCUGAUCCGGUUCAGAAACAGAACUGUGAAAUCAGAGAGGAGCCGCUUCAGCUACGGUAACGACGCUCUGCAGAUCCAGGACCUGCAGCCAGAGGACGCCGGAGAGUAUCAGUGUAACGGAGAGCUGCAGGCCAGACUCACCGUCCUCACAGUGCAGCCGGAGCCGACCAGCAUCCAGCAAACCUCCAGUACGACUGGAACACCUGCUGCCACAGAAACUGAUGAGGUUGAAAAAAAGAAGAAAGAGAAGAAGAGACCUGAGAACGCUCUGCUGCUGGUGGCUGUCGUCGGUUUGGGGUUAAUGAUGCUCCUCAUGGUCAUCGUGUGUGUUUUACUGACCAGCAUCAAGUGCAGGAGGAGGAAGAAACACAGACAUGCAGCUCAGAGGCAUGAGGACACUGAGCUGCAGCCGUGGAAGACGUCCAACACACAGACCGAGCGCGAGGUUUAUUAUGAGAGUCCGUCUCUGCCGGAGGAGACGAUCCACUACGCCUCCCUGGGCCGACAGAACUGGAGGGACAGAGCCUGCAGGGACAGACCCUGCAGGACUCCACCAGACCAGGACCACCACGACGUCAUCUACUCCUCUGUCAUCACCAGACCGGCCAAAAAACACAAACGCACCCCGCUGCUCCCUGAUGCUGAGCUCUAACAGCCAGCAGAGCAAAAUACGGAUCCACCACAGGCGGUUUUUC